AUGUGUCCCGUAGGCAACUACGAUAUAUCGGAAAUGCACUACAAUGGUCCUACUGGCAACGCCGGAUAUGGUUAUAAUAUCCGCGUUGAGGGCCAAAGAUGCUCAGACUUGCCAGCGAUGAAACGUCUCCUCUCGUUCAAAUCUAUACCAGCCGUCAAGAGCGUUCCAGCUGCUCCUGCUAAUCCGACUGGUACAGUUCCGCACACGACCAGCCUGCAGCCUAAAUACGUCCUGCCACCUCUGCCCCACCCAUGUCCUCAUGAACACAUCGCACUACUGGCUACCGCGCAAGGCCUGUUGCUGAGGCCUCACUUCCUGAGCGAGACGCGUCCCGAGUCGUACGUCCGUAUACUCUGGGGAAAAACAGGCGCGAUCGAAGAGCUUCCCAUCAACGAGGACGCAGACCAGGAUUGGUCGGAGUCCGUGAUCAUAUAUGGCAUCGUUGGGAUCCUGGAGUUGUUUUCUGCAUCCUACCUGCUCGUCGUCUCAGCACGGUCAGAAGUUGGACACCUCUUCGAUCCCAGACACGCUGUUUACAGCGUGAAGCGUGUGGCGGCCAUUCCUCUGGUAGAGCAUCGCGCCCACGCCGCGCUGAAUCUUCUUGCUCGAAGCAAUACCGAAACGCGAGUAUCCCUCAUUCCCCCCUCGCGGUCGGAGACCCCUCCACUAGCAGAAGAGGUCCCUCCAGCGAGCGCGCUGUUCUCUGCCGGGUCGAGCUUCAGCGCUGAGGCGGCGUCGCCGCAUGUAAAGUUCGCAGCGGAACCGCAUGUGAAGGUGAUGACGCCGCAGUCAUCGCGUCAAUUCCCUGACAGUGACGAAGGUAGUCCGCCUUCCCCUACUUUGUCCGCUGCUUCAUCCGCUGCGUCCACCCCUUCUUCGGAGUAUUCACUCAAUACCGAUACGGUUGUGAAAACUCUGACAGCACGCUUGUCCUUCUGGAGUCAUCGUGUGCCGGCGUACGGAGACUUCUCUAAGAGAUCACGUAACCUCCAGACAAUCGUGAACCUUGCAGAACAGCACGGGAAGGAGUCUCAGGUUACCAAUGCAUAUCGUGACUUUGUCAGUGAACUCGAUGACGAAAAUAUCCGGUACCUCGCGUAUGAUUUCCAUACCGAAACGAAGGGUAUGAAAUAUGAGAAUAUUUCGAAGCUGAUUAGCCAACUUGAGCGCACCUUCGAGAACCAAGGCUACUUUUGGAUAUCCAAUAACACCAUGAUGUCCCACCAGAAGGGUGUUUUCCGCGUGAACUGCAUCGACUGUCUGGAUCGAACAAAUGUGGUAGAGGUUAGUCCGUUUAUGCCCAACGUGUUGGCCAAGUCGGCUUUUGCUAGGCAUGUGCUCAAUCGACAGCUCGGAGCAGUCGCCCUAUUGGAUCCGUCAGAAGAGAAACAGCGGACUGAGACCGACGUUGUGUUCAACGAUGUCUGGGCGAAUAACGGAGAUGCUAUAAGUAGAGAAUACGCUGGGACAUCGGCGCUGAAGGGUGACUUCACCCGAACGGGGAAGCGGGAUUUAACCGGUAUGCUCAACGAUGGCGUCAAUUCCCUUGCGAGGAUGUAUUCGUCCACAUUCGCCGAUUGGUUCAGCCAAGCUGUCAUCGAUUAUAUACUUGGCAACAGAACUCUUUCUGUCUUCUCAGAGUUCCUCAACAAACUGCAAUCUACGGAUCCCAGAGACCUCAUUCGGAUCUCGAAGAUCAGGGCAGAUGCCAUCGCGACGUGUGUUUCGCGUGUGCUGCCUGAAGGCGAACGACUGCUAUCCGGGUGGACCUUGUUCUCACCCGCGGAGCUCAACGCUAAGGUCGGUGACAAAUUUGAGGAGAAGGUGCUCCUAUUGGUGAGAAUUCUUGUUGUGAACUGUGUGUUAUUCAGCAGCUCAUGGUAUUCUCUAGACCGUGAACGCAAUCUACAUUAUAGUCAGUGCAAGUGUCGCACGGUCAAUGGUUCGGUUCACUAA